GGAGGGGGAGGGUUUUGUUGUGUCGCCGGUGUAACGUCGCUUUAAAGAAACAAGGUAACUUUAUAUUUCGGUUCUCUUUAUUGAAAUUGUUACACCAACAUAACUUACCAGCCCUUUGAAGGAGGAAAAAAAAAAAGGAAAGAAGGACAAAAUAAGAAAAGAAAAACGGCUACCCUAGUUUUUUUUUCUGGAGCGCAUCUGUUCAAUUAACACGUUACAUACAUUCAUAAAUGAAUGUAUAUGCAUACGUAUUUUUACACACUUUGUACCCAAGCAUACACAUUGACGCUAAAUCAAUACAUUAUAAAUAUAUACACACCUACUUCUAUAUACAAGCAUGCAUGCUUAUGCUGACUAUAUAUAUGUAUGUAGACAUAUAUAAAUACGUAUUUUUUUUACACCCGCAUAUAUACUUACGUCGUAUAUAUAAAUACACAAGUAUUUCUGUAUACAAGCAUGCAUGCUUAUGCUAAAUAUAUAUAUGUAUUUGGACAUAUAUAAAUACAUAUAUACCCACAUGUAUUUUUGCACACAUACAUGUCACAUAUAUGAAUACAUCCACGCAUACGUGUUUCUACACACAACCACACACAGUCAUGUUUAACAAGCUUUGUCACUGGUAGUUAAGUGCUAGGUAAUUUGUGGAUGGUUUUUUUGUGGAUGUGACCGGAUUUAUUGGUUUACUUACAAGUGGAACAUCAAGAAGGGUAUAUAUAUAUAUAUAUAUACACACACAUAUAUAUAAUCUCACCAGGAGGAAAAAAAUGACACAACAAAAACUAAUAUAAGAUACAGUUAAUUAAUCUAUAUUAUUGAAAAUAAAUUAAAGAAAAAACAACAAGCAAACUACAGAGAAAAACAAACAAAAAAACCGACAACAAUAACACUAAAUAACAAUUGACGUUUGUUGUCAUUGUGGAUUCAAUACAAUUGUGAAUUUCAAGCAGGGCUUUACAUAUCCGGAGUUUGUACCAUUUUGGGGGUGGUUAAAAAGACCAGCAGCAGGCUUUAAAACGUUCGACAAACGUUCUCGUUCUUGCGGAACCAUUCUUAAUUCUUAUUAUCAUUACCACCACCAUCAUCAUCAUAAUCAUCAUUAACGUCACUACCACCAACUUCAUCAUCAUCAAUAUCAUUGUCAAAUCUUUUGCCAGUCAGCUGCUGCUCCCGCGUGCGUGUUUUUUUUUUAAUCCCAACACGUUUGGGUUCCAAUAUUGAUGCUGAAUUACAAACAACGAGUCAUGGAAGAUUUAGAUGCCCUUUUGGCUGACCUGCAGUCUACAACCGCGCACAUUUCGUCAUUCCAGCAGCAACAGGCGGAACAGGAACAAUACCAGAAUCGGCGGCCAGACAUAGUGAGUUCACAGUCGUCUCCGCGUACAUCCACCCCAUCACCUCUCCCCUCCCAGCUCACCGACCACAACGACACGUCACAGCUGAGGCGCAAUGACAAAGCUCAUGGGUGUUCCAGUUUGAAACAGCACAUUGCCCAAGAGAACUCCACUCACCAUCACCACCAUCACCAUCAUCAUCAUCAUCAACAGCAGCAACAACAGCAGCAUCAUCACAGCUACAGCAGUGAAAGGACAUCUAGUAGCAGUAGCAACAGUGGUGCCACCUAUCACCAGGAGAGAAGCAGUGCUAGUUCGACCCUUUCUCAAUCCAGUCUGCCAGGACUCAGUCCUGUAGGUUACAACAAACCAAUUGGAUCUGGUUCGGUGAGCAGCGGCAGCAACAGCAGUCUUGGUGCCAACGCCAGUUCACAGAUGUCGUCGACAAUCAACAGCAACUUGUCAGAGCUUGACCAGCUCUUGCAGGAUUUGAACUCUGCUCAUUUCCUGGAUGAAGUCAAUCGUAGAACCAACUCUAAUCAAUCUCAGUUUGUUAAUGGAAACUCCCAAAGGGUGGUCACAUCUCCUGGCCAAGUUCCAUCAUCAACUGGUAGCCAAUCUGUUCAACCCCCAGUUGCCCCAAAACCAAACCGUGUCGAAACCAACAACAGAGCUAAUGUAGAUGCCAUGUUGCACGAACUGGACCAUGGAGUCCCGCCCCCUCCCGUUGGUGCGUCUGUGGGUGCGUUACCCCCACUCAAUGUUACUCUACCACCACUCACUAAGGCCUAUGGAGAACCGAUCACACCGCCAUUCCCUGUGCCCCCUACGGGACCAGGCAACUUCUAUGAGGAUGCCCUCUAUGAUGACCCACAGGAGUUUAAGUCUUCCGCCAACACCACCGUCGUCACCGGCAGCAGCAGUUCAGGGUCCAGCAGCAACGCUGGCGUGCAGAUGAUGUCACACAGGGGGCACUCUGUCCCUGAUUCCCAGCGUCGCUUUGUGCAUGAAUCUUCACCAAUACCUGUGAUUGUAAUCUCCGAACCAGCCUCUGUCUCAGAGGAGACUGGCCACCGCCAGCCACCGUUGCCGUCGCCACCACUACCUAUGCCACCAUCAUAUUCAGCGUCAGUAGGCAAGGAUCCCUAUGAAGACCCACGUCAGACUGGGGCUACCACCCAGAUGUCAUCGACGACGCCUCCUCCACCACUACCGCCAUCUUCACUUCCUCUUUCUCAACCUUUCCCCGGGUUUCCCCACAUGGAAUCUGCAGUGAUGAAACAAAGUUCGCAGUCCUCCACUUCGGAUGGCAACUACAGUAGUUUCCAAUCAUCGGAGACGGUCAAAUCAUCUUCGAUGUCAACCCAUAGCACAUCAGCAGAUGAAACUUGCGGUACCACUGCAUUCACGGGCCUCGUUGAUGUCCCGUCUGCCUUUGCACCUGUCCAUCCUCUUGGACCAGCUCCAGUGAUUUCCGAGCAAAUGGAAUCAAAGACUUCCCAGAGUUAUUCAAAGCUGGAGAGCACCGACUCGAAAUCUGAAGUGAUGCAGAAGAGCGAACAGUCAACAAUGGAGCGAUCAGAGAAAUAUGCCAUGUCUUCAUCGACACUGCAACAACAACAACAACAACAACAACAACACCAACAACUGCCACAGCUUCAACAGCCCCCUUUGAUGAUGAUGAUGAUGAGUAACAAAAUGCAGAGCGAGAGUCAGGGCCAGGGCUUGCCCAUAGCGGACAUGAACGCUCCGCCUUUCCCUGUCCAGCAGAGCUACGAAACUAAGUCUGAGCAGAGUCACAUUUACAAGAAGAUUGAGCACAGUGACGUGUCCCAGGGUUUUCCCUGCCCACCGCCACCACCACCGCCCCUAGCUCCUUCGGCACAGCCGAUUCCGCUACAGAUCGGUGCUGGUCAAGCGGAUAGUUAUUACCAACAACAGCAACAGCAAUAUCAGCAACAGCAGCAGCAGCAGGACUCCAGCCCUGGUUACCAGGUGUUAUCUCCCUUCCAGAGCUCACAACACUAUGAAUCUAGUGUCUCCGAACAACAACAACAACACCAACAGCAGCAACAGCAAGAGGUCGUCACCUCUUCCAUGCAGCAACACUCCUCUGUAUCUGCUUCGGACAAUUUCCAGAGCCGACAGAUGGCAGGGGUCAACUCAGCCGCUACAACUGUGGGUCAGCACCCACAGAUCGGGGGCCAGGUCUAUGGCCAAAAUGCCACAUAUAUACAGCAGCCCCUCUACCAGGAAACACCAAUGAUGUCCCCACAAACAGCUUCUACCGCCACUCGAGAGCUGGAUGAGUUAAUGGCUUCACUCUCUGAGUUUAGGGUGUCAAACCGUGACAAUUCUGUGGCCCAGCAGGUUGCCGGUGGUGACCCAGCAUAUGCUAGACCACAUAAGCUCCGAAAUGAGAGUGCAGGGACAACAUCUGCAGCCACUUCCUCAAUGAGUGCCACCAGUGUGACUGCAAAAGGUGACCAGCUGGACAGUAUGCUGGGCAGUUUGCAGUCCGAUAUGAACAGACAAGGGGUGAGCACCAAAACCAAGGGCCUGUGUGCUGCAUGUAACAAACCUGUCGUCAGUCAGAUGAUAACAGCCUUGGGUAAGGUGUGGCAUGUGGAGCAUUUCACCUGUGCUCAUUGCAAUAUGACUUUGGGGACUAUGAGUUUCUAUGAACGUGACAAUAAAGCUUACUGUGAGAAGGACUACCACAGCCUGUUUGCCCCUCGUUGUGCUUACUGCAAUGGGCCAAUUGUUGAUAAAUGUGUCACUGCCUUAGAUAAAACAUGGCACCCUGAACAUUUCUUUUGUGGUCUUUGUGGACGAAACUUUGGUGAUGAAGGAUUCCAUGAAAGAGACGGCCAGGCAUAUUGUAGGGAAGACUUUUUGAAGAUGUUUGCUCCAAAAUGUGGAGGAUGUGCUCAACCAAUCAAAGACAGUUACAUCUCUGCUCUUAAUAGACACUGGCAUCCUGAUUGUUUUGUUUGUUGGAAAAUGUUUCUUGUAUAGUUUAAUUAUAUAGUU